CAACCAACGAAAGGACAGAGGCAACCCGGGCAACGGAGGACAAGCCGCCAUUCCCGCUGCUCACGCACGCCGCAUACAACCAGGCAUCUCGCGUACUUAUCUCCUCCGUCCUCCCCCGUCCGAGGAGCAGCCCCACCUCUCCUCACCGGCCUCCUCCUCCGACACGCAGCCAGCCCAGCCCACACGCACGCUCUCAUCAUGGGACCCCGCGCGCCGCUGCUCCUCGCCGUCGCGGCGGCCUGCUCGCUCCUGGCCGCGCCCCCGGCGGCCGCGACCCUGCCCUCCCAGACCGCCAGCUCCAAGACGGUGGCGGACGUGUGCAAGGGCACGGCGUACCCGGCGCUGUGCACGACGACGGCGGGGGAGCAGGCGAAGCGGUACCCCGUGGUGGAGGCGCUGACGGUGCUGGAGAUGCAGGUGGACGCGUUCGCCAAGCGCACGGAGGCAGCGCGGGCGCACGUGGCGGAGGCGGCCCAGACGGCGUCCCCGGCGGCGCGGGCGAAGCUGGACCUGUGCAACAGCCUGUACCUGGACGUGCUGGACAACCUGGGCGCCUGCCGCCGCGCCAUCGGCUUCAAGGACGCCGUCACCAUCCGCGCCACCAUGGGCAUGGCGGCGCAGGACAUGCAGAACUGCGACGAGCAGUUCAGGCAGAUCGGCGAGAAGAACCCCAUGGAGCGCUUCGACGAGUCGCUCGUCGAGAUGUCCGAGAACUGCCGCUCGCUCUCCAACAUGAUCUGAUGAUCAUCUCGAUCGCUCAGAGGCUGACGACACGGCCGCCCGGUGGGCCCUCUAAUAGCUCGCGCGGUUGUCGCUGCGUGCUCUCGCGCGACAUUGAUGCGCUAUACUGAGUUUAUUUGCUUUGAAAAAAGUUUGAUCGCCGAACAAUGUGUGUUGUAGUCUGGUCUCUGAAACGAAGAGGCGCAUUGAGGUGGGAUGUACAUUUCUGGUUCAGACUGAAAUCUGAAUCACGGUUCAGGUUCUGCAAAAAAGAGGAUCAUCUGAUGAUGAUCAUGUUGUACUCUAGCUAACUCUCUCCCAACCAGAUUUUGGCCUUUAAUCAUCUUGCCAUACGGACAAUGAUCGCCGUAUACAUAAACACAUUCCGGCGUUUUGG